UUCUGUGAUUGGUUUCAAUUUGAUCUUCAUUGCGAUGAUUGGCUCUCGUAACCUUUUCUUUUCUGGGCGUGUACUCAUUAUUGUAUCUUUUUACGGCAUAUCAGUGAUUGUUAAGCACGGGGGAACACUUUUACCCUUGUAUAACCCGGAAGAAGUCACACAUAUCGUUACAGAUGCCAAUACUCGACCGACUCUGCGAGCUCUUGGGCUCAAAUCACUGACAGGAAUCCCGGAUCACAUCCCUACCGUCAAAUGGAGCUGGGUGAUCUCUGGGUUGGGUCGCUUAGGUAUCCACAAAGCGAGUGGGAAU